AUCGGGUAACAGGAGCUGGGAGCUCCGUCCACGCCUGAAACAGGAAGCCCGGGCCUGUGCGUAAGCCGCCAAGAGCCACCGGUGGACUGGGCUGGAGGAUGGAGGAGAAGCGGGCGCUCACGGCUGCCAAGGACGGGGACCUGGCCACCCUGAAGCGGCUGUUGGAGGCUGGGGCACUGGGCCCGGGCAUCGUUGACGCCCUGGGGGCUGGCCUGGUGCAUCAUGCUAGCCGGGCUGGGCACCUGGCCUGUGUCAAGUUCCUGGUGCAGCAGGCCAAGCUGCCCGGCAACCAGCGGGCCCACAACGGGGCCACCCCGGCACAUGACGCCGCGGCCACAGGCAGCCUGGCGGAGCUCUGCUGGCUGGUGCGUGAUGGAGGCUGCGGGCUGCAGGACCAAGACAACUCAGGCGUCUCCCCGCUGCACCUGGCCGCCCGCUUCGGGCAUCCUCUGCUGGUGCAGUGGCUGCUUCGGGAGGGCCACGCGGCCACCCUGGAGACCCUGGAGGGGGCCCUGCCCCUGCACCAUGCCGCCGUCAGCGGGGACCUGACCUGCCUGAAGCUCCUGGCUGCAGCCCACGGCAGUGGUGUGAACCGACAGACGCGCACUGGGGCCUCCCCACUCUACCUGGCCUGCCAGGAGGGCCACCUACACCUGGCCCAGUUUCUGGUGAAGGACUGUGGAGCUGAUGUGCACCUGCGAGCCCUCGAUGGCAUGAGUGCGCUCCACGCCGCAGCUGCCUGCGGCCACUACUCACUGGUCGUCUGGCUGGUCACCUUCACCGACAUUGGCCUGACAGCACGGGAUAAUGAGGGGGCCACAGCCCUCCACUUUGCAGCUCAAGGCGGCCACACACCCAUUCUAGACCGGCUCCUGCUGAUGGGCGCCCCUGUCACGACAGACUCCUGGGGAGGGACCCCCCUCCAUGAUGCAGCUGAGAACGGGCACAUGGAGUGCUGCCAGACGCUGGUCUCCCACCAUGUGGACCCCUCCUUACGAGAUGAAGAUGGUUACACGGCGGCAGACCUGGCAGAGUACCAUGGACACCAGGACUGUGCCCAGUUCCUGCGGGAGACAGCUGGGCCGGUGCCACUCCUGAUGACACCACCGCCACCUCCAUUCCCCCCUCCUCCGCUGUCCGCUGCAAGGCACUCCCAAGAGGAAGGAACAAGGGGCUCAGGUCUCAGGAGCCCCACCUUGGUGACUCCCAGCCCAGCCUGGUCUGGCCAGCCUGACCAGCCUCUUCUGAGGGAGCAGACAAUCUGGGCAGCUCCCCGACGGGUCACCACCAGCACUAUGGCCGUCCCCACGGGAGAGGAGAUGGCGGCGGAAGACGCCCCGAACUGCCUGGUGGCGCUGCAGCUGGACAGGCUGCCCUCGGGCGACCUCGACGGCCUGGUGCCCACGCAGGACGAGCACGGCCGGCCCAUCCCCGAGUGGAAGCGGCAAGUGAUGGUGCGGAAGCUGCAGGCGCGCCUGGGCGAGGAUCCCGCGCUCCCGCCUCCCUGUGCCCAGGGUGACAGCGGGAGCGUCGGCCCCACGGGGCAGGCGGCCUGGCGGUACUCACAGACCCACCAGGCUAUCCUGGGCCCCUUCGGGGAGCUGCUAACAGAGGACGACCUGGUGUACCUGGAGAAGCAGAUCGCGGACCUUCAGCUGCGGCGUCGCUGCCAGGAGUACGAGAGCGAGCUGGGCCGGCUGGCGGCCGAGGUGCAGGCCCUGCUGCCCGCGCCCUUGGUCCGCAUCACGGUCAACAGCCACUUUCUGCCCCGGGGGCCUGCGCCAGAGGGGGAGGAGGCGCCCGUACCUGCGGCCGAGCUCCAGGGCCCUGCGGAGGCCGCGUUCGGGGAGCAGCCCCUGCCCUUGUGGUGCGGCCACAUCGCCCGGCUGGUGCGCAGCAUGUCCCUGCUGCUGAAGGGCAUGAACGGGCUGGUGCAGGGCGAGGAGAAGCCCGCGGUCCGGCCCCCACAGGAGGCCCGCGGGGAGGCCCCUGCCAGUGCCCCCGGGAGCGCGGCGCAGCGCGAGAUCCAGGAGUGCGGGGUGUCCGUGCGGACGCUUCGCGGCAACUUCGAGUCCACCCCUGGCCCGCCCUGUGCCCCAGACCCCGGUCCCUGCGAGCCGGGGACCCGGCCGGGGCAGUGCGGGGGAGGCGACGGGCCCGCAGCCUCGAAGCCCCGUGCCGGAGGGGCCCCCGGGCCGAGCGAUGCGGAGGAGGCCAGCGACUCCGGCAUCAGCUGCGAGGAGGCCCCCUCGGAGGCGGGGGUGGCGCCGAGGCCGGACCUGGCCAACCUGCGCAAGGAGCGCAUCGUCAUGCUCUUCCUCAGCCACUGGAAGAAGUCGGCCUACACGCCGGCGCUCAAGACGGCCGCCUGCAGGACCCUGGAGGCCCGCCGGGGGCCACCGCGGGCGCAGGAGCCCGCAGGGGGCCCUGCGCCGCCCUCCCCGCCGCCCGGCGCGGGCCCCCGGCUCGGCCACCUGUGGCAGCAGCGAAGCAUCAUCGCCCACCUGCUGGGCAACUGGAAGGCCAUCCUGGCGCACGUGCCGGCCCGGCAGCUGCGCCGGCUAAGCCGGCGGCCCCGCGGGCCCCUGUCCCCGGAGCAGUUCCUGCCGCACGUGGGUGGGGCGCCCGUGCCCUACGGCAGCCUGACGCUGGACCUCUUCAUGCUGGGCUACUUCCAGCUGCUGGAGUGCGACCUGCCCGCGGAGGAGCGUAAAAUGCGCCACCUGCUCUGCUUCGAGGUCUUCGAGCACCUGGGUGCCCACGGCUGGGAGACUGCUCGGGCCUUCCAUAAGGCGGUGACUGACGAGGUGGCCGCCGGCCGCCGGGCCUGGACCGACGGCUUCGAGGACAUCAAAGCCCGCUUCUUCGGCUCCAGCCGGAGCCCCUCCUGGGACCCGGAGCCUGGCCGCAAGUCAGGCCUGACCUCCCUUGGGCCCCUGCCCCAUGCUGCCACCGCUAGUGGCAGCCCCGGGGCUGCAGCACAAGGGCUGGGGCCUGGCCACCAGCGGGGCAGCUUCAACAGUGAGGACAUCUGCGGCUACAUCGACCGGAGCUUCGCCUUCUGGAAGGAGAAAGAAGCUGAGAUGUUCAGCUUUGGAGAGUGAGACAGGCAGGCUGCCUGCUUUUGGGAAUGCAGUUCUGGGGUGAUUUCAUGUUUUCUGCUCUCUUUUCCCCUUUGUCACUCACCUGGCGGCCAGCUGAGCUGGAAGGCCAG